UGUUGGAUCAAGAAAACAAGCACAGAUCAAAUCCAACACAUCCAAUUAUCCUUCAAAAAAUUCACUCACAAUGAUACUUCUACUCUCAAUAACUCUCCCAAUAAUCUUGCUCCUUUACAUCCUCUAUAAAACCAAACAUCAGGCAAAAACCACUCUACCACCGGGCCCGCCCCCGCUGCCGUUAAUCGGAAACCUCCACCAGCUCGCGGGGGCCGCGGACCCACACAUCUACCUCCACCAGGUCUCAAGAAAAUACGGCCCGAUAAUCCACAUGAAACUAGGCUCCACUCCUCUCGUAGUAAUCUCCUCAUCAAAACUAGCCAAACAAGUGUUGAAAAUUCAAGAUUCAUCAUUUUGCAGUAGGCCCAAAUUACUAGUGCAGCAGAAACUAUCCUACAACAGCUCCGAUUUAGUCUUCACACCAUACAACGAGAGGUGGAGGGAGAUGAAGAAGGUGACACACAUUCACCUCUUAAACCCUAAAAAAGUUCAAUCCUUUCGCCCCCUUCGCGAAGAGGAGAUCUCUCGCAUGAUCACCAAGAUUCGAAGCUCUUGCUCCGAUAAUCGAGCCGUGAAUUUGAGCGAGGCGACCAUGGCCGCCGCCAGCCGCUUGGCAAGCGCAAUUUGUUUUGGGAAGAGGUACGAGGAGGGCGGAUCGGAGGCGAGGAGAUAUGGCCGGAUUGUGAGAGGAUUCGACGCGCUCAUGACGGCUUUCUUUGUUUCCGAUUACUUUCCGGCGUUGAGUUGGGUGGAUAAAAUCAGUGGGAAAAUGAGAGAUGCUGAUAGGAUGUGCAAGGACAUGGAUUCUUUCUAUCAAGAGCUCAUCGACGAGCGCCUCGAUUCGAGGGCGAGGGUGGAGGUGGAGGAGGAGGAGAAGGAGAAGGAUAUGCUUAGUGUGUUGAUAAAGCUUAUAGAAGACAAGUCUUCUUCCACUCAUCUCACUUGGGAUAACAUCAAAGCCCUUCUAAUGGAUAUGAUUUCAGCUUCAUCAGAAACAAUUCCAGCUUCAACUAUUUGGACGAUGACAGCUCUAAUCAAAGCUCCCAAAGUUAUGAAGAAACUGCAAAAUGAAAUCAGAAGUUUGGUAGGAGAAAAGGGCAAAGUAGAUGAAGAUGAUUUGCCCAAACUUCCAUAUCUAAAAGCAGUAAUAAAUGAGACUUUUAGAAUGUACCCUCCAGGACCAUUACUCGUACCAAGAGAAUCAAUGGAGACAAGCAUUCUAGACGGCUACGAAAUCGCGCCCAAAACGAGGGUUUAUGUUAACGCGUACGCUGUAGGGAGAGAUCCCGAGUACUGGAAAAAUCCGGAUGAGUUUAUUCCCGAGAGAUUCUUGAAUAGUAAUAUUGACUUCAAGGGGCAAGAUUUCGGGCUCAUUCCAUUCGGGUCGGGGCGAAGAAUGUGCCCCGGCAUGAAUAUGGGACAUUUGUCAAUGGAGCUUAUGGUUGCAAAUUUGCUCUAUUGUUUUGAUUGGGAAUUGCCUAAAGGAAUUCAUGUAGAAGAUGUGGAUACAAAUCCAACGCAUGGACCUGUUGUGCAUAAGAAAAAUGCCCUACUACUUGUGCCUAAAAUUUAUGGUUUUUAAUUAGUGUGUGUUUUGUAAAGUUUAUGGUGUUUAUUUAGUGUGUGGGUAAUGUUCUUGUAAACAAUAAAAAGGAUAUUAGUUCGGAUGCUAUGUCCUACAAUGUUUAUGUAAUGUUGUAUCCUAUUAUUGAUUUAUCAAUUUAUAAUAUUUAUAAUAAAAUAAAAAUUAUUAGGGUAAAA